UUGCUCCAACCAGAAAACCGUUCCAGGAGUUCAGGAUACUUGUUCAGGGGUUCCAAUCAUCAGAAAUACUGUAGAUCGAUUAUCAGCAGGAGACGGUGAUCGAUACGGGAAUUUAUCAUUCUCUUCUGAAUCCACAUAUCAGUCGGCACUGCAAAUUACAGUAAAUACCAGGAAGUGUAAAUACAUGUAGUCUUGUUGGAGCCAGACAUACGGAAGCUGCAGAGGAAGAUGGCUAAUUAUGGGAGAUGCAUUAACUUGAUAGCCCAUCUUCUUAACAAGUAUAAUCCAGAAAAUCAGGGUCUUGAGCACUUCUUGGAAGACUCGGCAGAAGACUUGCAGAAACUUAAUGACACAGAAAAACAGUUUGUUCUCGAGGUGCUGUCUGGGUGUGUACAGUACACAGAUCUGUUGGACAUCGUUGUUGAUGCUUUUUAUGCCAGAGAUGGGAAGAAUUCUUUAAAGUCAGAGCAUGCUUUGUAUCUUGUGUUCUGUUACAUCACCACGUUUAAACUAGAAGAAUAUGGCAUUCUGGGCUUCAGUAGAAUUAUUAAGAGUCAAGAUGUUCCCAAGAUGGGCAGGUUCCUUAGGUUCUUCCUCGAUCACCUGAACCUGAACACAUGGAUAAAAGAUGAAUGGAGUCAGAUAUAUGAUUCAAAUUAUGUCAAGGAAAAUUGGAUCAUUCCUUUGCUAAACUGGCAGCCUGAAGUGCUGGAUUUAAUAGAUGGCUUUGAAAGUAAGUCAGUAACCGGUUCUACUCCAGUGAAAUCACCAAAAGUAACGGAAGUGAAAGAGUUCAACUUAACAAAACCAAAACCGAGAACCAUACCAGUGCCGCAGAGAAUUCCAUCCCAGAAGCCUCACCAGCCGGUUCCUGAGAGUACCUUCAAAACCCCAAAAGAGCAGGAAAUGCUUCAAGAGAAAAAACUAAAAAAUCGCCAAAAAGCGGAGGAGCUCCUGAUAGAAGCUAAUGUGGCUCAGUUUAAGUGUGCUAAUGCAGAGAAGUCAGAGAAAACCAAGCGUGUUUUGUCAGAAAUAAUGAAAGAAGAAGAUAAUAAACUGGCUUUUAAUAAAACGAAAGCUCAGCAAGUGUCGCUAAAGAAGGUGGACAAUGUACCAGUAAAACUGAAUGCAACAGCGAUAUUACGAGAGGGCGCUCUAUACCAGCGGCAGGUGGAAAAAGAACUACGCAGGAUUGAGAAGCUGGUGGAUGGGGCCCGAGACCCCAGCGAGUUUCUGGAAUGGCAGCGCCAAAUGCGGGAGAAGGAUCUGGAACGUCAGCUGGCCGAGAUUGAGUGCCGGAGGCUAGAAGGGAAGCUGAGCCGAGAGGAAGCUGUUCUGGCCCGGCAAAACCUCAUCCAGGAGAACAAGAAGAAGGCCGUGAUGAAGAAAGAGGAGGCACAAAAGCUGAUGCGCCAGUAUGCAGAGAAACGCCUACAGGAAGAGAGAGAGAUGAGAGAUCUGGUAGAACAAGUGUCCGAGGGGCGCAAAAAUACCAAACAAGCACGCCUGAAACUCCAGAAGUACAAGCAAAGAAUAGUGCAAGAGGUGACAGUGGAGAGCCGGGAGCUGUUACAACAAGCUCUGGAGGAUGCUGAAGAGGAACUGAAGAAAAAAUUUGAGUUAAUCCGUGAGAUUCGAGCCAUGGAGUCCGUGCCGAUCAUCAGACACAAGUUCGUAGAUUUAACAGAGACUGCAGGACAUGGGCUGAACUGUGAGAUGUCAAUAGCAGAGCUCCAUGAACGACUGUCCCUGCUGAAGGAGGCUGAGAGGAAAUCAGAAGAGGAGAAAAGGGAUCAGAUCCUGGAGGAGAAGCAGACCAAACAGCAGAUACUUCUGGACACCUUGGAACAGAUCUCACUGCACAGGACAGCUAUGGGGAAAGCAGCUCUUCUCAAGUCUGAGGAGAAAAAAGCAAAAUCUCAGUUUGGAAAAGCUGCUGUAGCAAAAGACGAUCGUGUCACUGAGCUGCAGAAAAAAUUGGAGGAGAAAAUUACCGAGCGCAAGAGACAGGCCGAGGCCUUGAAGCUAAACCCCCAGCGGAACAUUGCCAAAUCGUCUAAGAACUCAUUUGAAGAGAAGCACUGGAAGGAGCUUGAAGAGAGUCGAGAACGCCAGGCUCAGCUUUUCCAACAUGGUGCCGUUUCACGGGAAACUGCAAACAGAAUAGCUGCUUAUCAAGCUGCAAGAAGCGGCGUGUCACCUGCCUGCUUACUUCAGUCAUAAUAUAUUUAUGUUUAAGGGACUUGGCAACUGACACUGAACCGAAAUACAUAGUGCAAAAAAAAUAUAUAUAUAAGUAAACCAAGAAAAUUGGGAAACUAUAAAAAGUUGUGUAAAAUAUGUCAACAAAAUACUGGUCUAUGUGCUCAUUGGAGAGUCAUGGAAUGCCUCACUAAAUAUACCCUCUAUAAUUGAAUUUAAAAGUUAUGUACUUUAGCCUGUAAGACAGAGACUUAUCAAGUUUAGAAGGAAGUCAGCAGUGGUAGGAUACAUGUUUUUCUUAGUAAGCGACCUUGUGGCCCCUGCAAUAGCAAUGGUGAACUGCGGACCUCUCCAUGGUAUUCAUAAACUCCCAUUCUGCUGCAGGUAGGAAAAGGUCCUGUAUGAAAUUUGAGGUGCGCCACUUUGACUCUCUAUCCAUCUAUAAACAAUUCGGUCCCUAAGAGAGACGCUGGCAGGAAUAAAACAAUAGAGUUCUAGCCUAUUCCUACUCUAUUUAAAAAAAAAAGAGUUGGUUGGAAUUGAGCUUUAUACUAAACUAGUAUCUAUAAUACAAGGGUUGAAUAAACAGUAAUGCAUCAACAGUUUAUAAAACUCAUGACUAGGAAUAUUUUACUUAAUUAAAGCGGGGGUUCACCCGAAAAAAAUGUUUUAACAUUAGAUUGAGGCUAAUUGUGGGAAG